CAUGCGCAAAUCACCGACAAAGUUAAGUUUGUACUUCGUAGCCAGAAAUUUUCUGAUUUUAUAAAAUCACAGGGAAAAGUCCAUUGAGUUGACAUGGCAUUUCGCCGAAGAAACAAGAGUUACCCAUUUUUCAGCCAGGAAUUCUUAAUUCAAAACCAUGCCGACAUCGUCUUCAGUUUGGUGAUUUUUAUUUUGAUUGGAUUGAUGUUUGAGACAACGGCAAAGACGGCCAUACUGUUCAUUCAGCCUCAAUACAACAUCACAACAUUGUCACCAGAAGGAGAGGUGACAGAGUAUCACUAUGGAUGGAAGGACUGUGCCACCAUCCUCUUCUACUUCUUCAUUGCCAUCAUCCUCCAUGCAGUAGUACAAGAGUAUCUUCUAGAUAAAGUAAACAGACGGCUUCACCUUUCAAAGAGCAAGAAUACCAAGUUCAAUGAGUCUGGUCAACUAUGUGUGUUUCACUUGGUGUCGAGUGUGUGGAGUUUCUACAUCCUCAUAACAGAAGGAUACAUCCUACAUCCCAGUAACCUUUGGGAGAAAUAUCCUCAUGCACAACUCAGGUUUCAGGUGAAGUUUUUCUACCUCACUCAGCUGGCCUAUUGGGUCCAUGCCUUGCCAGAGCUCUACUUCCAGAAAGUACGCAAGGAGGAGAUUCCUCGUCAGCUCCAGUACAUCUGCCUUUAUCUGCUGCACAUCUCUGCGGCCUAUUUGUUAAAUUUGAGUCGUGUAGGGCUGGUGCUCCUCUUCCUCCAGUAUGUGUCAGAGCUAGGCUUCCACAUCGCCAGACUCUUGUACUUUACUGACGAGAACCAUCAAAAAAUGUUUGAUCUGUGGGCAGUGAGCUUUGUGUUUACACGGAUGGCCACGCUGACCCUCAUGUUCCUCUCUGUGGGGUUUGGUUUGUCUCGAGCUGAGAAUCAGGUGCUGGACUUGGAGAUGGGCAACUUCAACACUGUACUGAUAAGGAUGACUGUUCUACUGCUGGUGUGUUUGAUUCAAUCUUGGCUACUCUGGAAGUUUAUCCGCUUCCAGCUGAGACGCUGGAGGGAAUUCAGGCAUGAACAGGCUGUUCGGAAGAAGUCUGCCACCAAACAACCCCAACGGCCGCUGAAGAGAGACUCACUUGGUCAUCAUGAAAACGGAGUUCUUAAAACUGAGAAUGGAGUCUCUUCUCGGACAAAGAAGCUUAAAUCCCUUUAAGGUGGCACACUGACUGGCCUGAACAGCAAGCUUAGCCCAGGCUAAGGUUUUACAUCAGCACAGCAGUGAAGCUGACGGCCACUGGCCUUCCAGCUUCUGACUGAGAACGUCCUGCGAUGUUACAGAGAUUCAGUUGCUACAGACUUAAGCCUGAAUGCUGGAAAAUGAAAUCCAAGGAAUUCCCUUGAGCCCAACAGACAUUUACUCUUCUCAUUGUAUCAGUAUUUUUUUUUUCUAUUUGAUUUUUAUUCUACAUCCAUACAGCCUGCAGUCCCACUUUAAGGCACACCAGUGUAUGUGGAGUGAUUGAAUAGUAAAGUGAGCACGGUGUACAGCAUAUGUGUUGAAUGUGUUGAUGCAUAUCUUCAGACAUUAGUACUGUACUGGUUGUAGUGUUGCAGCUCUUGCAAUUGAGCUGGAUUUGCUUGUUUUCCAUUCUGGUCCACUGGAGCAGAAAAGCGUAACUGAUGAUACGGUAUGAUAUGAGCUAAAUGGCAAAAAUCUUAUCUUGUCACUGUCUCCUUAACAGAUUUGCAUUAAGUACAGUAUGUAUGUUGGAUGUUAUUGCAUGCCAUUCCAUGAUUUUUUUUUCCUUUUGUUAAUUUCUUUAUUAAAUAAUACAGUUUUCUG